CCUAACAGAAGCUUGAUUCAUUGAUUCUUGCAGAAAGCCUGAAAGAGACAGAGAGAGAUGGAGAUGAAGGAAAGGAGCAGAAGUUUAGGUAGGGCAAACAAAAUUGCUUUUAAGGGCUUGGAUGUCAACUUCGGACGACUAAGCAUGCAGAAGGAGAAAGGUGACGAGGCAAACAAUAAUAAAGGUUGCGUCAAAGAAGAAUGGAAAAUUGAUCCUCAUAAACUAACUAUUAAGAAUUUUAUAGCUCGGGGGAGUUUUGCCUCUGUUCACCGAGGGGAUUAUGAUGGUCGAGAUGUUGCAGUUAAAGUGUUUGACUGGGGUGAAGAUCAAAAGACGAAAGCUCAAAUUUCUUCACUUAGGAUAGCAUUUCGGCAAGAGGUUUCUGUUUGGCAUAACCUGACUCAUCCCAAUGUUUCACAGUUCAUAGGUGCUGUACUGGGUACAUCAGAAAUAAAAUUCCAAAACCACAGUGGUCAAAUUGGCAUGCCAGUCAAUUUGUGCUGUCUCGUCACUGAUUAUCAACCUGGGGGUACUCUGAAAUCCUACCUUGUAAAGAACCGGAAAAGAAAGCUGCCUUUCGAGAAAUUCAUGCAACUAUCUUUAGAUCUUGCAAGAGGGUUGAGCUACCUUCAUUCCAAGAAUAUUGUGCACAGAGAUGUGAAGACAGAAAAUUUGCUUCUUGACAAGAAUCAAGCACUGAAGAUAACUGAUUUCGGAGUUGCUAGACUUGAAGCUUUGAAUCCUAAUGAAAUGACAGGUUAUACUGGCUCACUUGGUUACAUGGCACCGGAGGUCUUCGACAAUAAACCAUACAACAGGAAAUGCGACGUCUACAGCUUCGGAAUUUGCUUAUGGGAGAUGUAUUGUUGUGACAUGCUGUAUCCAAAUCUAAGCUUCUAUGAACUAACUUCUGCAGUGGUUUAUCGAAAUCUGAGGCCAGAGAUUCCCAAAUGUUGUCCAAGCUCUCUAGAAAAAUUGAUGAAAAGAUGUUGGGAUGCAGACCCUAACAAGAGACCAGAGAUGGAGGAGGUAGUGUCAACGUUGGAGGCCAUAAACACAUCCAAGGGGAGAGGCAUGACCCCUCUUAACCGGACUCGGGGUUGCUUCUGCUGGAGGCUCUGACGAUGGAAAUACUUGUGCUGACCUCUAAGGGAUGGAAAUACUUGUGCUAACUCUGCUAGUAUAAAUUUUUAGUUGUAAAUAGAGAAACGACGUCUGAUAUAUGUAUGCAACAUUAAUUCAAGCAUGCAUACGUGACAGCUUUAAUUUAGAUUAAAAUGUCAUCAAUUAGCUGAUAUAGUUCGUGGUCAUAAUCAAGCUAAGUUUCUCAGCUCUUAAUAUUUAGGGAGUAAUUUUUGGCAGAAA